AAAUCAUUAAAGGGGGAGGAGUUAAGGCAAACGAGAAAAAAAAAUGAAGGGAAAGGAAGCAAAAAGUGCAAGGCUUGAUCAGGAAAAGCCUGCAGUUUGUGUUCUUGAUGCAUCGACCUAUGUGGGGUUUUGGAUUGUCAGGGGAUUACUAAGUAGAGGAUACACAGUUCAUGCAGCUCUUCAAAAGAAUGGAGACACUGAUUUGGUGAAGAAAAUGAGGGAGAUGGAGAAUGUGGAGGAGGGAUUGGUGAUGUUUGGUGUGGAUUGUUUGGAUUAUCAAAGCAUUCUGACUGCCUUGAAGGGCUGUUCCGCUGUUUUCUGCUGUUUGGAUAGUCUAGAUGGAUAUGAUGAGAAAAUGGUGGAUUUUGAAGUUAGAGCAGCAAUUAAUGUAGUGGAGGCCUGUGCACAAACUGAGACACUAGAGAAGAUUGUGUUUAGUUCUUCUUUAGCAGCAUCUAUAUGGAGAGAAGAUAUUGGUUCCGAGAAGGCUGUAGAUGAGAGUUCCUGGAGUAAUCAAGAAUUCUGCAGGAAACUUGAGCUGUGGCAUGCCCUGGCGAAAACACUCUCCGAACAGGCAGCUUGGGCUUUAGCGAUGGACCGUAUGGUUAACAUGGUUUCUGUCAAUGCCGCGCUAGUUCUAGGACCUGGUGUCACUCAGCAGAACCCUCAAUCAACUAUGUCGUAUCUGAAAGGUGCAGCAGAAAUGUAUGAAAAUGGAGUCCUUGCCUUUGUAGAUGUGAACUUCCUUGCUGAUGUUCAUAUACGAGCCUUCGAGGACACCUCAACGAGCGGGCGAUACUUUUGCUUCAAUCACAUAGUGAAUACUGAUGAAGAAGUUAUUAAUCUGGCAGAAAGCCUAAGCCCCUUGAUAUCUUUACCACCUAGAUAUGAACGCAAAGGAAGUGAGGUAUUUGCUGAGAGGUUGAGGACCAAGAAGCUCAACAAGCUUGUUGAGGGCACUGCCUGUUAGAAUGUCAAUGUCAUUCAACCAGUGAUCAUCGGCCGGCCGAUGAUGAUGGAUGAAAGAAAUCAUUGAUAAUUUGUGAAUCAGAAACCAUUGGACAAAAUAAAAAUUAUUGAAGUUUGAUUGAAUGAUUAGGCGUAAGGUCUAUUUGCUAGUAAAUUGAAGGAAAACAAACAUGUAUAAGUAAGAAAAUAUUUCCAUAAUAAUAUUUCAUAUGGUAAUACAUUUUUAAGAGUUUACAA